GAAAUUGAGAAAUCAGAUAAAAAUUAAUUAAAAACGGAGACAAUACGCGUGAAUUAUGGACUAUCUCGAGCAGAUUUGCACGACGUUCCUGAAGGAUUUCGCGGCGAGUGUGAAGCCGAACGAUCAGUUGCCCGUAAAUAUGGCGGGCUACAACGUGCUGCCGGAGGAGCUUCAGGGCGAAGUUAUUACGUGGUGUCAUCAGUAUUUGGGCGAAAAAAAUUGCCCCUUACCAUUAUUAAGUCCAAUUAUCGAGAUCGUGAAGUGUAAAGUGGAAAAAAUGUGUAAGACAGAUGCGAGUUCCUUCGGCUACGACGAAAAACUGGGUUAUUUCAAUCCAUUGAGGCUCAUGCAGCGCGUCAUUUCGGAAUUGAAUGAAGUCUGUCUCGAAUUGCAAGACAAUGAAAAAUUAUUACAACUGCUAAAUACGAUGCCUGCGACAACUGCAUACCCCAAAUUCGCCGUCACCGCUGUCAAAAACACCCGAAAAAAGAUGGAAGAUCGUCACAUUGUCAUCAACGACUUUAAUCGCCUUUAUUCGCUCGACGAUAAGCAACCGAUGAGCUUUUACGGCAUCUUUGAUGGGCAUGGAGGCACCGUUGCCGCCUGUUAUUGCGUCGCAAACUUCCAUAAUUUCCUCAGUCAGAACCUAAAACUCUCCCGUAGGACAGACGAAGCGUUGCGCGAAACCUUUUUGAAGACAGACAAGCAUUACGUCGAGAAAUCCGUGCAACAAUGCUUCACGUGCGGCAGUUGUGCGUUAUGUGCGGUGUACAAAAUCAAGGAAAAGAAGCUUUUUGUGGGUUGGUUGGGCGAUUCACAGGCACUUUUAGUGAAAAAAGGUCGUUUAUGGCAAAUUGUACAAAAACAUUCGCCCGCUUACGAGAGCGAACGGAACAGAAUUGAGUCGCUGGGAGGCGUUGUACUGAAUUACGGAGGAAUUUGGCGCGUGCAAGGACAAUUAGCGGUUGCGAGAGCAAUUGGACCAGCAACUUACAAGCCUUUCGUGUCGAAUGAACCGGAUAUUUGUUGCAUUGAACUCGAUGGCGAAGAAGAUUUUCUUGUGAUGGCAUGCGACGGACUGUGGGAUAACCUUUCUGAAGACGAAAUUGCCAUCGCUGUGUAUCGCCAAGUCAAAGAAGAUCCCGAAAAUUUGGAAUUAGUGACGCAAAAACUCGUUGAAAUUGCAAAAGCGGCAGGAUCCACAGACAAUAUUACCGUAAUAGUAAUUUUCCUGAAGAACCCCGCAGACAUUGUCGAUCUCACAGACUGCAUCCAAGAGCUGAAAAAUGCCAACAAUAUCGACACAGAAGCAGAUACCGUCGAUACAACGCCAAGUAUUAUCCCGAAUAACGUCGCGUCAGCAACAAAUCCAUUUGCCUCACUCGAAAACAGAAUUCUCGGAGAACUUCAAUUGAGGAAUCCGGAAAUGAUGUUUGGCGAAAUUAGUGAUCACGAAUUAUCAACGGAGAAAAAAGACAUGGAAAAAGACGAAGCAAGCGGAUUUUCGGCGGAUGCGAAUCUCGUAACCGGAGAUAGUGGAUGUGAGGAUUCCGAAGACGAAUGGGAUUUCAUUAAAAUUGACAAAGAAUCUGAAAAUACGAAUCAAAAGAAACUUCAAGCCUCAGUGAACAGCCAAUCCAGCAAGAUGUCGUCGGAAAUUUUGAACAAUCCCUUCAGUGACAGCAUGAAAGAAGCGGAAAUCAUGAGCGACAUGCAAUCUCAGCCCAUCUCAGGGGAAACGUUCAACGAAAAGGAACUCGUUUACAAUGUCGACGAAACGGAAAAAAACGACGAGGACUUUAACGAGAACUCGGCAGAAUCGAAACUUAAUCCAGGCGCUGCGGAAUUUGUGCCUCGUUCGCCAACGAGUCCCGUUCAGAACCCCCUGCAAAACCCCCUGUUGAUGUUUGGCGACGAAGUUGUCGCGCAAAGCCCCAAACCGAAUGGCAACAACAAGGAAGCGGGUCUUUCGCAAUUUGCCGAGAACAUUAGUGUACCGACGGAGCUCGAAUUCGAUCAAGAAAUCUCGCAUCGACCGCACGAAACGGAAGAUUUGAACGAUUUUAUCGCCACGACGGAGGAAAAUUUGAAUCCCAAAGAGGCGGCGCAGUCUGACGAAAAGUUGGAAGAAGAUUAUAUCGCAAUGUCGAACGGCAAUGGCAUGAAUGGCGGCGAACAAGCGGCAAAUUUGUUGUCUUUCGACCGUUUUAAUGCACCCGAAGCGAUGAACGAGAGCUUUUACGAGGAAAAAACGUGCGAGGAAUUGAACAAAAUCCAAGAAUUGCCGCAAGAUCAGUUCGAGGACAACAACAAGGGCGAUUGCUUGAUCGAGGAAUCGGGCGACAUCAUGAGUUUUGACAACAUUAACGACAUGAUGGCGGAUCAAAGUCACGAAAUGACGCCGCAAGUUGCGGAAACGAAAGAAGAACCUCAGGAAAUGAUGAAUUUCGAGCAAGUUGAGAAGCAUGAACACGAAGAAACGGUUGAAAUGGCGCAAGUUCCUCAAGAAAAUCCCUUUGAACAGGUCGAAGAACAACAACAACAAACAAAUCCCUUCGAGCAAUUUGAAGAAAAAAUGCAAAAUCAAGAGACUGUCGAACAAAUUGUGACCGAAAUUGAAUUGUGUCAACAACAAGAGCCUCAAGCGCAAGAACCGGAAGUCGUUCAUGUCGAUUCUGAGCCCGUUUUUGAACAAGAACCUCCAAAAGAGCCCGAAACGGAGCUUUUGGGACCUGAUCCUGAACUCGUAGCUGCUGGAAUUAUCCAAGUUUGUGAACCAUGUCCCGAUCAAUGUGAUCUUUUGAAUGAAAAUGCGAAUGAAGUCGUUGAAGAAUGUGAUGAAAAAAUGUCAAACUUGAGUUUGGGAGCUGCUGCGGCAGUUGCUGUUACCGUAGCUGCUGUCGAAACGGCCCAAAGUGCGAAUGAAAUGGAAACUAUGAAGAACGAGAUGAAUUUGGAACCCGUUAAAGAGCCUGAAGUUGAGCAAAAUCUCUUGAUCGAUACAAAAGUUGUCGAAGAAACUCCCGUUGAAGCGCCCGUUGCUCCCGUUGUCGAGGAAAAAUGCGAAGUUGUAACCGAAACGCCUGUCGAAAAAGCUCCGGAAGCCGUUUUGAUGGAAGCUAUUCCCGAUGUCAUUCCCAAAGCAGCUGAAAAAACGGCAAAGACUCCCACAGAGCAGAAAGCAAAGCCCAAAGUUGCCGCUACGAAAACGCCUCCGGCACGAAAACCUCUCUCGGCGAGUGCAAAAACUGCUGCUUCGCCAACGACGAAUGGCGUGAAGAGUGUCGCUUCGAAGACAACUGCUGCGAAGACAACGACAGCAAAGCCCGCAACUUCAACGAUGGCAUCUCGAGCUGCGGCGGCGCCAAAAACUGCGCCUGCUACAAGAACAAGUGUCACAAGUCGCACGAGCACAGCAACUGCUGCGGGACGUACCGUGUCGAGUACUGUUACACGAACAACGACAACAACUUCGUCGACCGCUUCUCGGGCAAGACCCGCAACGUCGACAACGACACGAACAACCGUGACAAAGACAGAAGUGACAAAACCGGCUGCCAGAAAACCAUUGACAACAUCUACUUCAACUACCAGCAAGACUGGCGAAGCUCGUGUGCCCAUUAGCAUGAGAAGUGCACCAAAAACUACAACAACUGUCGAUGGAAAAGCUCCCGCAAGCCGCGUUAGCAGUGCUAAACCAAAAGUUCCAACUACAUCAACAACAACUACAGCAACUCGACGACCCGUUUCUGCUCCAAAAACUUCCGUUGAUGCAAAGGUCUCAUCCACUCGUACUUCGGUAGCAUCCAAAUCUAGUGUACCAAAUAAAAAACCAACAACAACUACUGCAACUAAAAAAAUCGACCCAAAGGCUGUUCCUUCAAAGAAUAUCAUCAAAAAACCAGCUACUGCUGCUCCAACUAACGAUGAAGCACCCAAGUUAGCUGAAACGAAUGGCGUCGAUGCCGCAACGAACAACUAAAGAAACGUCGUGCAUGCAAAACAAAAUUAAAAUUAAUCAUAAAAAAAUUACAAUAUAUUAUAAAAAAAAAUAAUCACUUAAUCUAAAGAGAGAAAAACAAACAAAAAAAAAAAUGAUGAUUCAAAAUUAUUUAUUUAAAAACAAAAAAAAAUACAUUUUAGUUAUUUAAAUACGUAUACUAUGAAUGAAUCGCUUCUAGCCUUAUAUUGCAUUAGCCUUCUUUUAUAUUGUAUGUUUAGUAUUAUUCUCAUGAAAUAUUUUAAUGAUUUUUGUUUUUCUUUAAUUUUGGCGUGAAAGUCAUGAUUGAUGAUGAAGCUUGAAUUUGAUAUUCGUACCUUUAAACCCUGAAUUUUCCUUAAUAAUUUUAUAUUUAUAAGAAAAAAAAAUAAUUAAGCGAGAAUGUACUUCCAGAAAAGCUUUUUUUUUUUUGGAGAAAAUUUUUUUUACUCAACCUCGAAUAAUAAAAAAAAAUCACUGAGAAGACUAUAAAAACUUUUUUAGAACAAAAAAAAAUAAAUCAGGUGAAAAUAUUUGUAACUAUUUACUCAACUAUCGCCGUAUAAUAUAUUAAAUUAAAUUAAAUUAAAUAUUUUGCCUUAAUUGUAUUAUUAUAACUACUUUUUGCUACUGGAUAACAUAAAAUAUGCGAUGAAUCUAAUCAAUAAGUGUCUCCUGCUAAAAAAAUUAAAAGGGAAGAAGAUGUUAUAGAUGACGUAAUAAAAAAAAGUAGUUUAGCAUAUAAAUUCAAUAUAAAACAUAACAAUAUACACGAGCUUUUUUAACAAAUUUUUGCAAUAAAUAAAAAUUGUGUUUACACGCUAAA